GCCGGCCACCAGUCCGACGCCGACGACAGCCGCGAGCGCAUCCACCGCGCAGACAUGGACCUGCACUGCUCGAUCUGUGUGUAACCGGUUCCUGACGCCGAAAGUGAGAGAGUUUCAAUUGUUGUGAUCUAGGAUGAAACCUACCCGUGAACUACAUAAAUAACAGCGUACACACAGUGAUAGUGCUAGAACAAAGUGAUCUGUUCAUAAAUCGUAUGAUUAUUUAUUGGCUGUCCAGAAUUUUUCCUCAAAAUGGGAGAAUCCAAGCAUACACAUCCAAGACUAUGGUUAUUUUCAAUGUCGCUGAUGCUAACGGCUCAAUGCGCCCGUACACAAUGUCCGUGGGAGGGUGCGCCAACGUUACAAGCCGCAUGUAUAUGUGCACAUAAUUUAGCGAGGGAUUUGUCAGUCCAAUGUGAUCAGGUUGACUUCCCGACGUUAUUGUCAGCUCUAAAUAUGAGCACACGAAAUAUUGUUAUCGAUCUACUUUACAUAAACAAUUCAAGCAUACCCGUCCUCACCAAUAACAUGUUCGCAAAUCUUAAAAUUCACAACUUACAAAUAUCUGGAUGUGGAAUAAAAAGAAUAGAAGAUGACGCAUUCCGAGGACAAGGCCCAUAUCUUAAAAACUUAAACCUGCAAGAUAACGAACUAACUGAAGUUCCUGUGAAGGCCCUAAAAAUUUUAAUUAAUCUUUCUCUAUUGGAUAUAUCUAAAAACCGCAUUUCUCACAUUGCAAGUCAUUCUUUCAUCACUCUUCGUAAGCUCACAACACUAAAAGUGUCUGACAACAAUGUUACGUUAGAACCCCAAACACUCACUGGAUUAGAAAACUCAUUAAAAAAUCUAAAUUUAAAAGGGACUAAACAAAAAACUGUCCCCGAAUGUAUAAGAGGCCUUCAUAGUUUAGCUUUUCUUGACCUAUCGCAAAACAGUAUCAGAGAACUUCCAGGACCGGAUGGUAGUAAAACUUUCGAGGGACUGGACUCACUCACUGCUCUAAACUUAGAACGAAACCUCAUUGUCUAUCUGAGAGAUGAUGCGUUUGCUGGAAUAAAGAGCACGCUCAGUUCUCUCAGUCUUUUAAACAAUUUGCUUCCUGAAUUCCCGACUGCUGCAAUAGGGACAUUGAGCGAUUUAAGAGUAUUAGAUAUCGGGUUCAAUUUAUUAAAUAAGUUACCAGUGGAUGCUUUCGUUAACAAUCCAUCAAUAACUUUGUUAGCAUUAGAUGGUAAUCCUUUGCCCACAGUGCCAGAGGAAGCAUUUUCUCAUCUCAAUCAAACUCUUCGAGGUCUCAGUCUAGGCGGGCGAUUCCUAAAUUGUGAUUGUCGCUUGCGUUGGAUUAUAGAAUGGAUUCGAAAUGGCGAAUUACAAGUAACAUCACGAGAAAGAAACCCGCAAUUCUGCGGCAAUCCACCGCAUUUCCGUGAACGUGGCUUUUAUAGUUUUGAGCCAAAUGAAUUAGUUUGCGAUAACGAUAUAUCUAUAUCAACAACAGAAAAAGCCAUACCAACUGUGAAGGAUUUGAACGAAUGGAAACUAAGUCAGGCCAUCACUACCACGUCAACAACUACUGCCGCCACACCAUCAACAACAAGUACAUCUUCACCACUCGAAACAGAAAUAAGUAACAAUAUAGAUAUUCCUACCAAACCAGCCAUCAUUCAAAGUCCAAGUUCGAGCACCACAAGCACUACCAGCACCGCACGCCCCAGCCGCAUCCCCUCAGUCCGACCAGCCGCACCCACCUGGCGCCAUGCUCCUCACCAGCGUCCCCCCCUUGUUAUGAGUUUUCCGCAACAAAAGCCAAAAGUAGAUGAUUCCAAUGAAGUUAUCGUAAAAAACGCGUACAGGCAAGAUAAUUCUGUUAUCAUUCAAUGGGACUCGGACGUUGCUAAUAUACUCGGCUUCCGCGUCGUUUAUCGACUCUUCGGAGACAAAAGCUUUAAGCAAGGACCACCUUUGGAAGCCAGCGAAAGAGAGUUCAAAAUUAAAAAUGUUCCAUCUCAGGAAUGUAUAGUGGUCUGCGUGAUCUCCUUGGAGGAGGUUCACGUCAGUCCAGAAACGGUGCCGUAUUCCCAAUGCCGAGAGGUACGCACCGUUUCCGCUGCUGCCUCCAAUAUGGAUAAGAUCACGAUUGCAGCCAGUGCCGCCAUUUGUGGUACAAUAGUGGUAGCAGUACUAGUAUUUGCCGCGGCUUCGCGACGUCGAUCUCGCACCGUGCAUCGUCUACAUACACAAGCUCCGGAGAAGAUGCCCAACCCUUGUUGCGGAGGUCUCACCGGCACCCCGAGCCCCAGCGGUCCACUCUCUUCGCUUGCUACGAUCGGCGCCUUUGGAAAGCAGCGUGAGUGGGAUCAAGUGUCGGCUUAUAGCGCACGUUCGAUCCCGCGUGCACGUUCCUAUACUGAACCAGCUCCUCCGGACCCAUUACCAGGUCGUCCUGGACGAGCACGUUCUCUAGCUGAUGGUCAAUCACAGCAUAGCUAUUCACAUUCUGGCCGAUACGGAGUGCCAGGAUACCCUAGUAGCCUUCUAGGAUCUCGAGCUGAUCUCCGACAAUCGCGACAGUCACUAGGAGCAGCAUCAGAACGUGCCUCCCGUUUAUCAUUAAGUGGUGCAGCCGGUGGAGCCACUGGCGGAACUGCAGGAUCCCGGAGAAGGCCGCGAUCAAGGUCCCGACCAGCCAGCAGGUACAGCGUCGGCUCUAUAGGUAUGGGAUACUGUGACACUUCCGACAACUGGACUGAUCAUGACAUGGAUAUUUACAUGGCACGAAACCCGACGACUCGGAGUGGAUUAGUACCUUUAUAGCGUGUAAGGGACACGCCGGCGCCGCGGGGAGAUAUGACAUGUCGAGGACGCUCCUCGCCUACGCGAAGGGCUCCCGAGGGCUAUAAUACCUCGUGGUGCAGUCAUGAAGCCCGGAAAGGCCACCGACAUUCUCGCCGACAUAGCCAUGAGAAAAAAAACAAGCGACGUGCGCACGCGCACUGUAGCCGAUUCGCGGGUCAGAGCCAGUGUGUCCGGUAUCCGUUAAAAUAUUAAUUUUUCGUAAUAAUAUUGUUACCUUUAAAACGUGACGAUAGUUGUACUACUUGUACUUAAUUUCAGUACAUACAAUAACUUCUAUCCUUAGGUUAAAGAACUGUAAAUGGUAGUAUUUAUGCUGUAAUGUAGAAACUAUGUUAAAGAUAGAUUUAAUUAAAAUAUUGUAAUUUCAUUAUCACAAAAUACUAUGUGAAUGCAAUAAAUAUUUAUACUGUUAGUCCUUUUAACAUGUAACAUAUUUUUAUAAAACAAUAAAUUAUAACCAUUGGUUAGUGAGGACUAGUCAAAAUAUAUUUCCUUUCCAUUGACUUUAUAAUUCUGAAUAAUAUCAACUUUGUUUGUAGAUUGAUAAUAAAAUUGUUUGCAUUUUGAGCACAGGGUGUUUGCUCUUUUUUACCACUAAUUUGUGUUGUAUAAUAUUACAAUGUUAAUAAAUUUCGUGGUGCAUAUAUUUAUUUCGGACAAGAUUUAUGUUAGUUAGUAAUUUGUAAAUAUUUUUUUAUCUAGGUCUUAUGAUAGAAAAAUGACAUAAGCAGUAAGCAAGAGGUCACUUGUGAAUACCAGUGUAAAAGUUGAUCAACUGCACAUUCUAUUCCAGUUUGGGAAUCUUGUUCUAGCGAUAGUUAAUGUAAAUCUAUGUAUAUGUCAACAAACUCCAGAGGUGCAAUAGUACAGGACAUGUAACAUAAAAUCAAUACAAUAAUUAAAUGUCCCAUGUAAUCUUUGAAAAUGGCCAAAUGUUUUAUUUUUAUUAAACCUCAUCCAAAAUGGUGCUAUUUAGUAUAAUAAUGUUAUGUACCAAACAUAUUUUAUUAUUCUAUAAGAUCCCAUAUUUAAGAAUAAUUUAGCCAUAGGCAUGACAAUUGCUUUCUAUUAAGGUGAGGCAAAAGACACUAUGCUAUAAAGAACUGUUUUAAAUAAUGUGACAAAUUAUUUUAUUAUUUGUAGAAAAUUUUAUUGUUUCGAUGUGCACAAGAAAUCUGCUUUGUCUUUUGUCUAACUUUUUUAUUCUUACUUUAUUCCCAAAUUCGCCGUCGCGUUGCAGUCACCU